AGGCCAAUGCAGGACCUAGAGCUCAGAAGCAGCCACUCGGCUCUCGUCUCUCUUUAGUGGACUGCAAACGGGAUGAACGCGCGCCUGGUUCCCUCUCUGAUCCUGCAUCUGUCCCACACCUUCGUGUCUGACCUGGAAAGUGCGCUUUCUCUCCGGCCACUGCUGCGGACAGAAAACAAGAAGACCAAAAAGAAGGACUUCGGCUCAAACAGUUCGAUCAUAUAGUUCUCGGACUUGCUGAACGCUGGUUAGUGAAAACGUACGCCAUGCUCACCUUCCUGAAGACUUUGCCCUGGAUUUUUGUGUUGUCUCUCAAUCUGGGAUGUGACGCUGAUCCGGGCCUGUCAGUAGACACAGGUGGUGUGGCUGAAGCACAGAGUGGAGCUGCACCUACAGCUGAAGGAUAUUUCUUGGAGUUCCAGGAGCCAGUCAACAACAUCACCCUCUUUCAGGGCCAGACAGCCACCCUUCACUGCAAAGUGGCAGGAAACCCUCGACCAUCCAUCCGCUGGCUGAAGAACGACGCCCCUGUAGUACAGGAGCAGGGACGCAUAACCAUCCGCAAGACGGAGGCAGGCUCAAAGCUCCGCAUCCAGGACCUGGACACAACAGACACAGGCUAUUAUCAGUGUGUUGCCUCUAACUCAUUCAAAGUCAUCUCUGCCACAGGUGUUCUUUAUGUCAAACUAGGACAGAUGCCCACACGAAGCCCAGCUGAACCGUCACGUGAGAAACAUUUCUGCCAGCCAUACCGAGGCAUUGCCUGCGCUCGUUUCAUUGGUAACCGAAGCAUCUAUGUUGAGUCUCUGCAGAUGCAAGGGGAGAGUGAAAACCGCAUCACAGCUGCCCUCACUAUGAUUGGAACAUCCACCCACCUAUCGGAUCAGUGCUCAGAGUUUGCCAUUCCAUCCUUCUGCUACUAUGUCUUCCCCCUGUGUGAUGAGGGAUCGCGGGGCCCGCGGCGCCGUCAGCUCUGUAGAGAUGAGUGUGAAGCUCUGGAGAAUGACCUUUGCCACGCCGAGUACACCAUUGCCAGAUCCAAUCCCAUGAUACUCAUGCAGCUUGAGCUCCCAAGCUGCCACCUGCUGCCACGGGCAGGCACACCCAAUGCAGCUUCUUGUAUGAGGAUUGGAGUGCCACCAGAAAAACUGGGUUCAUAUUCUCCCUCAGACCACAGCUGCUACAAUGGAAGUGGGGCUGACUACAGGGGCACAGUCAGCAUCACUAAAUCUGGUCACCACUGCCAGCCAUGGAGCGCUCAGUAUCCUCACAGUCACCACCUGUUCCAAGAGUACCCUGAGCUCCGGGAAAGCCACAACUUUUGUCGUAACCCAGGAGGCCAAAUGCAGGCCCCCUGGUGCUUCACCCUGGACCCUCAGGUCAGGGUGGACCUGUGUGACAUCCAGCCCUGCAAGCCUCCAGAAAACCCUAGGAAGGAGAUCCUAUUUAUUUUAAUCCCUGCAGUUGCCAUCCCAUUGGUUAUCGCUUGCCUCUUCUUUCUGGUUUGCAUGUGUCGCAAUAAGCAUAAGGCUUCAAUUGACACACCACCUCGCUGUCAUCUCAGCAGCUCACCCUCCCAGGACAUGGAGCUGUCUCUCCUAAAUCAUCACAAACAACAGGCCAAGCUGCGUGAGAUUAACAUGUCAGCCGUGCGAUUUAUGGAGGGGCUCGGUGAGGAUCGGUUCGGCAAGGUGUACAAGGGCCACCUAUAUGGCACAGUACCGGGUGAGCAGACCCAGGUGGUGGCCAUAAAAACUUUAAAGGACAAGGUAGAUUCUGCUCUUUGUGAGGAAUUUCGCCAUGAAGCCAUGCUCCGCUUCCAUCUGCAGCACCAAAAUAUUGUUUGUUUGCUUGGUGUGGUCACCAAAGAGCAGCCAAUGAGCAUGAUCUUCACCUAUUCCAGUCUUGGAGAUUUGCAUGAGUAUCUGGUAAUGCGUUCCCCUAACUCAGAUGUCGGGAGCUCAGAUGAUGACAAGACAAUCAAAUCCACACUUGAGCAGGCUGAUUUCCUCCAUGUUAUCACCCAGAUUGCUGCUGGAAUGGAGUACCUUUCCAGCCACCAGAUAGUCCAUAAAGACCUUGCUGCUCGAAAUAUUCUUGUCUUUGAAAAACUCUGCGUCAAAAUCCUGAAUCUGGGCCUGUUUAGAGAUGUUUAUUCUGCUGAUUAUUACAAUCUCAUGGGAACAAGUCCUUUCCCUAUUCGUUGGAUGUCCCCAGAAGCUAUUAUACAUGGCAAAUUCUCCACCGAGUCUGACAUCUGGUCUUAUGGAGUGUUGCUGUGGGAGACAUUUAGUUAUGGUCUUCAGCCAUAUUGUGGCUACUCUAACCAGGAUGUGAUUGACAUGGUGCACAGCCACCAGCUACUGCCCUGUCCAGAUGACUGCCCAGCCUGGAUUUACACCCUUAUGCUGGAGUGUUGGAGUGAAGCCCCAGCCAGGAGGCCUUCCUUCAAAGACAUCCAUGGACGUCUGCGCUCCUGGGAGAACCUGUCCAACUACAACGGCUCUGCUCAGACUUCUGGCACCAGUAAUAAUACGACCCAGACCAGCUCUCUUAGCACCAGCCCAGUUAGCAACCUUAGCAUAAAUACAACAAAUGCAUCAAGAUACACCAGCCCUAAAAAGAGCUCACCAUUUCAUCAGCCCCAAUUCAUGCCAAUAAAGGGUCAAAUACAUCGGCCAAUAGUACCCCCACAGCUCUACAUCCCCGUCAAUGGAUAUCAUCCCAUUCCAGCUUACCCAUACCUGCAGAACUUUUACCCCAUGCAAAUACCGAUGGCAAUGCCACACCAGCACCUGCAACAAAUUGUUACCAAAGCAGGUUCUCAACAUAGUGGCAGUGGAUCCACAUCUACAGGAUAUGUCACCACUGUUCCUUCCAACACUUCUGCUACAGAGAGAGCAGCAUUGUUAAAUGAGGACUCCAAGACCAAUGAUGAAGAGUUGGCUGACGGGGCAUCCGAGGAAGAACUAAACCAAAAUGAGGACUUGCCAGUGCCUGAAACAGAAUUGCUAGGUGACAGUGAGGUUCCUCAGACUGAAGAGUUGGUGAUCCACUUGUCUGAUACAUAAGUGAAGGACAGUAGAGCUGAAAUACUAUGUCAGCUGUGCUAUCUUGCCAAAAAUUCUAGAUUCAGAUAAAAUGAAGGGAGCCAUUUUUUAAACAGUGACUAAAUGUUUUAUAUAUUCUGCCCCAUGUUUGUACCUCUAAACCCCCUGUGUAAGUGAUUAAGCAAAAUUAAUUGUGCUAUUCCUCUUGAGACCUUGUUUUUUUUAUGUUGCCAUUUAGAAGAAGAGAUGUUCUUUCCGUUGCUGUGCAACACAAAACUUUUUCUUAACGUUAGAAAAGUAUUGUAGAGGUUGUCUUACAUUGAUUAUUUGCCUUCUCUAGUGCUCCUGGUGUUAUCAGCUUUUUCAUUUUUCAUGUGCCAGUGAGACAUUUUGACUGGGGUGCCAUAUGGAUGGUGUUCAUCCCUCCAAUGCCACCGUCAGACCUUGGAUGCCAUACCUCCCACCUACUAAUAGUUGCUGCUUGUUAAACAAAAGGUGAGAUGAUUCUUGAACUGCCUCUGUUCAUUGGAAUGAAAAGGGGUUUGAGGUAUUUGAUAACCCAGAAUUAAAAUGAUGUUUCUGUUGUGCUUAACAAGUGUUUUGCUUAACUGUAACUCUUGUAUUCCUUAUUGGCAUUUUUUAAAUAUGAUUAUUUUACUGUCUAUGAAUGCAGAACAACACGUUUAUGGUGAAUAGAAUUAAUUCAGGGUUGUUGUUUUUUCUAAACUAAGCAGUAUAUGGGUGAGGAUAAGACAUACUUUGAUCAAAGAAAACAACAGCAGAUCUUUUCAUCUUUGGAUCAGAGACAAGGUUUUUAUUCCAUAUUAUAUGUAUUCCAUGAAGUUGGUACUGCUAACAUCAACUUAGAUACCCACCUGUAUAGAUCUGUGAUUUACAUACUUUGGUUUUUCAUUACAGGAAAAGAUUGCUGAGCUUGGUGUUAGUCUUUUCCACCAAGUUUGCUUUGUUAAAGCUGUUUUCUGCUUACAACAUGUGAAUAUCAAAUAAA